CUUAUUUGAGAUUUUGCAGCUCACACAACAGUCAUCAAUUUUUCUUCUCCGACUCGUGGUCACAUCUGGACAGGAUACGAAGCCGGAUCUGAUAACUCAUCGGGAGGUGUUGUCUUCGUCAGGGGAUGACAGUUCGUCACGUCCAACUGAUUACUAACGUUGUAGAAAGACAAGUAUUACUAAAAUUCCAGCAACCAAAAUACCGGUUGUUUACAAGUAUUCAAAUCAGGUUGCAAUCAAGCAAGAACCUGCAAGCUUCGAGUAAACAAACUGCACCUGCUGAAUCCCAAAACAGGCAUAUGCCAAGAACACUCAAGAAGAAAUUUGAAAGAAGAAACAUGCCCGAGACUCAGGCACAAAAACGGAAGGAGUUGACUCCUCUCCCAGAGUUUAUCCAACAUCGCAUCAAGUUGUGGGACAAAUUCAAGGAAGAGUAUAAGCAAGGUUUGGCUGCUAAAACUCCAGAGAAGAUCGGUGUAACCUUGCCUGAUGGAAAGGAGGUUGAAGGUCAAUCUUGGCGAACCACGCCAUAUGAAAUCGCACAAGGAAUCAGCCCUGGAUUGGCGGACGCUGCAGUUAUUUCGAAAGUGGAUGGGGAGCUGUGGGAUCUCGAUAGACCUUUGGAAGCAUCUUGUAAACUUCAGUUGCUAAAGUUUGACGAUGAAGAAGCCCAGGCAGUAUUUUGGCAUUCAUCUGCUCACAUUUUGGGAGAGGCAAUGGAGAAGAUUUAUGGUGGAUGCUUAUGUUAUGGACCACCAAUUCAAGACGGAUUUUACUAUGAUAUGUACAUUGAAAACGAUCAGGUUUCUAAUCAAGAUUUUGGAGCUCUAGAAACCUCAAUUAAAUCCAUCGUGAAGGAAAAGCAACCAUUUGAACGCUUGGAGCUUACUAAAGAACAGUUGCUAGAAAUGUUUGGCUACAAUCUAUUUAAAGUCCGAAUCUUGAACGAGAAAGUUGACACUCCAACCACUACCGUUUAUCGGUGUGGACCAUUGAUUGACUUAUGCCGUGGACCUCAUGUACGCCAUACUGGCAAAGUGAAAGCACUUGCGCUCACCAAGAACUCUGCUACUUAUUGGGAGGGCAAGUCAGAUGCAGAAUCCCUUCAACGUAUUUACGGAAUAUCAUUCCCAGAUCCAAAGCAACUGAAAGAGUGGAAAAUUAUUCAAGAAGAAGCCGCAAAGCGAGAUCAUCGUAAAUUGGGAAAAGAACAAGAACUUUUCUUUUUUCAUGAACUUUCUCCUGGCUCAUGCUUUUUCCUACCAAAAGGGGCUCAUAUCUACAACGAGCUCAUAACCCUCAUCAAAGGAGAAUAUCGCAAGCGUGGAUUUAAUGAAGUUGUCAGUCCAAAUAUUUAUAACUCAAAGCUCUGGCAAACUUCGGGACAUUGGCAACACUAUGCAGAAAACAUGUUUGCUAUUGAAAUCGAAAAGGAAACUUUCGCCUUGAAGCCAAUGAAUUGCCCUGGGCACUGUUUAAUGUUUUCCCACCGUCCCAGAAGUUGGAGGGAGUUGCCGCUUCGUUUAGCAGAUUUUGGAGUUUUGCACCGAAAUGAGCUAUCUGGAGCCCUUAGUGGGUUAACUCGCGUUCGUCGAUUUCAACAGGAUGAUGCACACAUUUUUUGUUUGCCAGAUCAGAUUGGUCAGGAAAUUGAUGGAGCUUUGGACUUUUUGAACCACAUUUACGGGAUCUUUGGAUUCACUUUCGAUUUGAAGCUGUCUACUCGGCCAGAGAAAUAUUUGGGUGAUAUCGAGAUAUGGAAUCAGGCUGAAAAAUCUUUAGCUGAUAGUUUGAAUCGUUUCUGUGAAAAGUCGAGUAGAAAAUGGAGUGAAAAUCCAGGAGAUGGAGCAUUCUAUGGUCCUAAGAUUGACAUAACUAUUCAAGAUGCCUUGAGAAGAAAUCAUCAAUGCGCAACCAUUCAGCUCGACUUUCAACUACCCAUCCGAUUUGACCUGAAUUAUAUUGCUGAUGACGGAGGAAAGCACAAACCAGUUAUUAUCCAUAGAGCCAUUUUGGGAUCAGUUGAAAGGAUGGUUGCUAUUCUUACCGAAUCAUGUGCAGGAAAAUGGCCAUUUUGGCUCUCUCCUCGUCAAGUCUGCGUCGUUCCUGUUGGACCAGCCGUGAAUGACUACGCUGCGGAAAUACAUAAAAAGUUUUUUGAUGCAGGAUUCCAAUCAGAAGUGGAUUUGGAUCAGGGAGAUACACUUAACAAAAAAAUUCGGAAUGCACAACUUGCUCAGUUCAAUUUCAUUCUAGUGUUGGGCGAACGAGAAAAGGCAGCGGGCACUGUUAAUGUACGCACUCGGGACAACAAAGUACUCGGAGAGCAGUCAGUACCGGACUUAAUUGCCCGAUUUAAGGAGUUAACUGAAACGAAAACUUUAAAUAGCGAAGACGCAUUCUAGAUUAAUAUUGAAUUCCUACACAUGCACAAGUUUGGUAUUUGUAGCUGAUGGCUUUUAUUUACAACCAAACAACCAACUCCUAGUAUUUAUUAUUAAUUACUACACUGUUAUUUAGUAUUUGAUAAAAUUUGCCUCUAUGUAAAAUUUGUUUGUAAAAUUCUCUACAAAAAUAGGACAAGUACGAUAUUUCAAUAAUAAUGCAUAGCCAAUUAUAAAA